GUCCUAGGUUUUGCGGCGCGCGGCAAGGCCAGGGCCUCUCAGAAAGAAAACCCUGGUUAUUUUCUACAAGAGGCAAAUUGGCCCAAUUUGGAGAAGUUUUGUAGAAGGAGGUGUGAAAAAACAGCAUGAACUUUACCCCUACAUGUACCCCUGUCUGCAGAAAGCCAACAACUCUUUCCAAACAUGGUGCUGCAUGUGGCCUCAGUGGUUCCACCAGGUGGAAGGGAGUGUCUUUCUCAGAUUCAGUGGAGUCAACUCCUUUGCCUUCCAUUGAAGAUCGUCUGGCUGUCCUCUGCCCUUCUCAGGAGCUUCUGGAAUAUUAUCAAAAGAAGAUGGCUGAGUGUGAGGCAGAAAAUGAAGAUCUGUUGAAGAAACUGGAACAAUACAAAGAAGCUUGCGAAGGACAGCACAAACUAGAGUGGGAUUUACAGCAGAGGGAGGAAGAGAUUGCUGAAUUACAGAAAGCUCUAAGUGAUAUGCAAGUCUGCCUCUUCCAGGAACGGGAACAUGUUUUGCGCCUCUACUCAGAAAAUGACCGACUGCGAAUCAGGGAGCUAGAAGAUAAGAAAAAGAUUCAGAAUCUCUUGGCUCUUGUGGGAACAGACACUGGAGAAGUGACCUAUUUUUAUAAGGAGCCUCCCAACAAAGUCAGCAUUCUCCAAAAGACUAUCCAGGCCGUAAAUAUAUGUGAACAGAAUGAAUCUUCAGCUUUCAGAAGAGAUUCUAAAGUAAGCAAAAUAAAACCAGCAAUGAGAGAGAAGGAAGAAAGUUCUAAGCAGUACCAAAGAGACAUACAAACACUCAUCCUACAGGUGGAGGCCCUGCAGGCUCAGCUGGAAGAACAGACCAAGCUUUCUAGAGAGCAAGUUGAAGGGCUCAUGGAGGAUAGACGGAUCCGCAUUGAGGAAAUACAAGUUCAUCACCAAAGAAAUCAGGACAAAAUCAAAGAGCUUACCAAAAAUCUCCAUCACACCCAAGAACUGCUCUACGAGAGCACCAGAGACUUUUUGCAACUCAGAUUUGAAAACCAAAAUAAAGAGAAGUCCUGGAUGCUUGAAAAGGAUCAUUUGCUAUCAAAGAUUAAGCAAUACAGGGUACAGUAUAAGAAGAAAGAAGAUAAAAUUGGGAAAGUUUGGCCAGUUCAUGAGAGUCAUCGUAAACAAAAUGAAUAUAUUAAGUCUCUAAAGGAUAAGUUAUUACAAGAGAAAAAGCUGUCCAACAUGUACCAACAGCAGUGUAUUUCCCUAGAAGAAGAACUUGCCCGAAUUCGUGAGGAAGAGGGAGCGAGGAGAGAGAUCUUUAAGGACCGCUCCAACAAGAUGGGGAAGCGUUUACAGGUAAUGACAAAACGCUAUGAGGCCUUGGAGAAUCGGCGUGUCUUGGAAGUAGAAGGCUUUAAGACAGAUGUUAAGGCUCUCCGGCAGAAACUAAAAGACUUGGAGCAAAUGCUCUAUAAGGCAACACUUAAUGCCCGGGCAAACCAGGAUCUUGCCAUUCUGUGUGAGGUUCGUGACAGCAAUAGACGGGCUCAUAAGAUACAAGGAGAACUGAAGAACCUGAAGUCCAAAGUAUUUGGUCUAGAGAAUGAACUUAGACUCUGUUGAUGUUUACUUUUAGAAAUGGCCCUUGUCUGUAAUGAGUCUGCUUUUUGAAAUCUGAAAAAAUGUCAUCAUCUCCCACAAACCGUGGCAGGGUUGACUAGAAUGGUGGUAUCUAUUAUUAUAAAGACAGGGUAGAGAAUCAGGGACCACUAAAAAGCCAUUCUUGCAUGCUAAACUUUAUCGUUUUUGCUGUCCUAUUAACC